GUUUCCGGGAAAUUAGCAGAAGAUCUUACGAAUGUCCUUAGUCGUGUUAUAAAAAACAUGCGUUUAAUUCAAGUGCCACUAGAUAAAUCCCGGCUUCUGACUUCGUUGUCAUAUAUUCUUCGACAAACUAUACGACAUCGAUCAGGGCUGAAAAGUCGUAAAGCUGUCUUAUGGGAUCAGGCAUGGCCAAUUCAUGAAGAAAAGCCGGAGGUAGAUGAAGAAACUGCCAGGAGGAACAUCUCAGGCUUAAGGAAAAAGUUUCGUGAUAGAUUACCUCAUGUGAUGGAGCCUAGUUCGCCUGAAUUUGAAUUACAUUUUACGAAACAGCACAAAAUGAGAAUGUUUGGUAAAUACGGAUCUAAAUCCGGUAUACAUCCAGGCAUACAUUGGCCUUCUAAGGAAGAACUUAAAGAGUUAAUAGAAGAGGAACAGAUAUGGGAGCCCUCUUUAGCUGAGCGAAUGAAUACUGUAUUAGCUGAAGAAAAUGAGAUUCGUUCAACCAAACUGAAAAAGGAGGAAGAAAUAGCCAAAAACUUAAAGAAUAUGCCAAAAUAUAUCGCACAAUUCGAAAAGAAAUUAGAAAAAGUAGAAGAGGAAGAGGAUUUGAGGCGAGACAAACAAAAACAACUAGUUGAGGAAGCUUACGAUUACUUUGGCUAUAAGGUUGAUUCGAGAGAUCCUAGAUUUAUAAAGAUGAUAGAAGAGAAAGAAGAGGAAGAAAAACGUAUAAGCAAAAUAAAAAAGAAAGAACAACGUCAAGAAAAAUUGUUAGCGUCAAUGAAGGCAAUGAUGGAAAAAAAUACCAAAUCUUCUCCGGAAGAUAAAGUGACAACGAAAUAGACAAUUUUUUUUAAAAGAAACAAAUUUAUAUUCAAAUUUCUUUGUUCAAAAAAUAAAAAUGUUAAAAUGUAAUUUA